ACUUUUCGCGCUAAAAGUCCGGCUCGAAUUCGAAAUCCGUCAGGGGGGCGACGAGCAGACGAAAUUCCGCCAUACAGCUAGCAGAGCAGCAGCAUGAACGUCGCCGGCGACAUCGCGCAGCUGUCCUACAAGGAACUGCAGGCCCUGGCCUUGAGGUACCGCGUGCCGGGCAACAUCAAGAAGAAAGUUUUGGUUAAAGUGCUGCAAGCCGCCAGAAGCGGGAAUGAGGCCGAAUUCAGCCGACUACUGCAGGAACUGAGGAAGAACCGUAAGAGGAAGACGAGGAAGCCGAAGGAUCCUAAGCUCGGGCUAACAUCCACGCCGUUGCAUAGUCCCGAGUACGUAAUGGCUGACGACGACUAUUACUGCCAGCAACAACAACAGCAGCCGCAACAGCAGCCACCUUACCAGUGGUAUUUUCCAUUGUUGCAGAUCGGCGCCGAAGAGGAGAUCAUGAGCAGGGACGACGACAAAAUCCCGCACUACGACGAGUUCAAGCAGUUUCUGCUCAAGAGGAUCCAGCGGGAGUUCCAGACGUGCGACACCAACAACAACAACCAGGACCUGAGCAUCAUGGACCUGCGAACGGCGACAGGCAUCUCACCGAACAUGCAAGCGAUCUCCCUCGAUGUGCCGAGUUAUCCCAAGGCGAGUUUGAUCAACAACGCGGACCCGCUCGCAAUGUCCAGCAUGGACCGACCGAGCUACCAAGUGCUGAAAGAGCCGGAGGGCAACUCGCAAGGUCCAUUCUUACUGAAGAGGAUGUUACAGGCGCCGGUGGGUGCCAACUUGGGCGAGAUCGCCAGCUCGCUGUUUUGGGCAAGCAAUCUGCUGGAUAAUUCCGACACUCUGACCGCCGAGUCCGAAAGCAACGAGAACGAAGAUCAACUGGAGGCCACCGCAAACACCAACGAGUAUUAUAGCCUGCUAAAGAAUACCAAGGGAGAGUUCCUGCUGAAUGAGGCGAACCUGAGAAAUGUGGACGCGCUGGUGCCUCAGGUUUCCGGAGUCCUCGCCAGCGAGGACCAGUACAGGUAUCCCGAUGACUUGGACAAUCGUCAGAACUAUCAGAACUGGACCGUCACCAGCGUAGAAGUGCCCGAGGGGGACCUGCAGUCGUCCAAGAUGUUCCACACGAUUUAUUACAACAACAACACGGACUCCGUCAUGUCCGCACACGCCGCGGACAACAAUCUGCCAUAUCAGUCGUAUCAGGUCAACACCGAGGCCUGCAACGGCAGUCAAAACUUCCUCAACUUCGACACCGGUUACGUGACCGGCGGCACCGACAUGAUCACGGCCAACGACACAGCCGACAUAUAUUACCUGCAAAAUUCGGGCAAGAACGGCGAAGAUAUCGGCGCGGGAUAUUUCCGCGGUGUCGAGCCGCUCGUGCAAAAUUGCGCACAGCAGGGCGUCUACGCGAACGGUCAGCAGACGUUCUCGAGCGAUAUACGUGGCAGCUCCGAAGCCACCUACCAGUACCUGUAUCCUCGGUUCGCGCAGGAGACGGAUCACACGUUGCACGAGCAAUUGGAGAGCCAACAGGUUGCCGAUGGUAACGUCGUGGCCGAGGUGGAUUGUGUUGUCAACCAGGCGACCAGUGCAGCGAGCAUGCAAGUAUCGGUGAAUGGAACGAUGGAGCCGUUUUGGCCGAAGUGGACCGCCCAGAUCAGCGACAAUAAUCUGGAGAACAUCCUCAACUACAACGCGUCGAAGCAUGUGGACUAUACCAAGCUGGGCCAGACGUCCUGCGUGUACUGUUACGUGGCGCCGAUCGUCUCGCAGAGGUCCAGCCUGGCGAACAACACCUGCUCGCAAACGCGGAAGUACACCGCCGAGCAAAGGCAGCAUUCUUUCUCAGCCUACUGGAUGCUCUACAACGACACCUCGCAGGGCAUGCGAAUGACGAAUAUGCCCGGUGAUUACCAUAAGCCUGAACAGUCUGCGACGAGGACAACAGCGGCCGGUACGUCGACGAUGCACGCGAAUACCGUUCCCAGCAAUGAUGACCUGAGGGAGAUCGACAUCGAGGCUCCGAUCAACGACGUGUGGAUGAAUCAGUAUGAACCGGCGACGAUCACCGAGGACAUCCAAGUGUCGGACUCGCUCUUCUGCAAUGUCACCGCCGUGCGGAUCGAUGACAUCCCCACGUCGGAUAUCGCCAAGACUUAA